CUCAACCUUGUUUUGUUCCCUUGUUUUGUGCUUUGCUGUAGGACAUUGGACUUAGUCACUUAACUAACCGUAGCUUAUUUAUUUUCAUUUUUGGCAGCAUCUGCCUGUUUCAUGUAAUAUCAUUUUAAGCCGAUCGUCGUCUAGAUCGAGUUGUUUUUUUUUUUUUUUUUUUUUUUUUAAAGGACUCUUACCUGUGAGUCCUGCGGCUAAAUCUUCCUUAGCUGGCGUCAAAUAGCUAACGCUAGUUAGCGUUAGCUAGAUAAAGAGGAUUUAUACACAGGACUCGACGGCAAUGUCGGAUGCAAUCCGUUUUCGCCAGUCCAGUGGAGAUGGAAACUUAAGUUCUCUCUGCCCCAACGGUACUGAAUGGAUUUGGCACGGACUUGGGGAAUGUGUCCGAGAUGCCAGGGAUAUAGCCAGCGUGAUUCUGGGACUAUUGUCCUUGGUCUGCUUUAUGGUGUCCUCUCUUCCGCAGUACUACAGGUCCUGUAAGACUGGGAAUAUGGACAGCGCUUUGUCUAUUUUUUUCCUGUUGCUGUGGCUAGCAGGUGACACUUGUAAUCUUAUUGGCUCUGUCUUGGCUGAACAGCUUCCUCUUCAGAUAUACACUGCGGUGUACUAUGUCUUCGCUGACCUUUUGAUGUUGAGCAUGUAUUUCUACUAUUCGACGAAGAACAGACUUGCUAUCCACAGAAACAGAAGGUUGAUGAAUGUUGCUGGGGUGCUGUGCGGGCUUGGAAUCUCGGCAUCUAUGCUGCAGCUUUCCCCUGCCCCUGCCCCUGGUCCUGGUCAUGCUUCUGGCCCUCACCGAACUCUGCUGUCUCUGGAUCAACAAGCCAUAGAGGCUUUCAGCACUAAAGAGACCAUCGGCUUUGUGAUCGGCUCUUUUUCUUCACUACUCUACCUGUCCUCCAGGUUGCCACAGAUCUACACAAAUUUUCGGAGGAAGUCAACAGAAGGCGUGUCAUACUUCCUGUUUGCGCUGGUGAUUCUAGGCAACUCCACCUACGGGCUGAGCGUGCUCGUAAAGAACCCUGAUGAGGGUCACAGCGAGAGCAGCUACAUUGUCCACCACCUGCCAUGGCUCAUUGGCAGCCUGGGCACUCUCUUUCUUGACCUUGUGAUAUCUGUGCAGUUUGUGAGGUACAGAAAGCCUUCACAGGAGAGCCACCAGGGAGAUGAAGAGGCUGCCGCCCUCCUUUCCAGCUGAAUCUCCGCGUACCUCGUUGGCUGCGUACAGGCAGCUGACCCCCUGGCGACCUCUACGCUCACGUUCCUCAUACUCGAGCACUAAUGUCCAUUACCAGUUUACUCUUCCCAUUUGUGGUUUUCCCAUAAGUUGUAUAUUAUUGGAGGGUAUUUGUAUGACUUGAAGCUGUGUAAGACUGCUACUGUAAUGAUUGCUGAAUUGAUUCAAAAUCCAAGGCCAAGGAGACCUUCUAUACACAUCUGUCUUGUAUUGGUGUUUCAUGUUUUGCACAAAACCUUUUAUUCCCACUAUUUACAACAAUAGUGCAAUAUGUUUGUUUACAAGAACAAUGGUGCCUUCUCAAGGAUGUGGAAAAGUCAUAUGCCCUGUUAAAGAUCACGUCUUCUUUGUCGUUAUGACUGAGUACUGUUAGCAAUGCUUGUUUAGUCAGUGGGUUUUAAUUACCAUUGAAAGCUUAAAUUUUGGCCUUUUAGAUUUUUCUUUUUUUUGUCAUCUUGACUUUUUUUGUAACUUUAAAAUUAAAAUUAGUUUAUUUUUAUAAUAAUUGUGUCUAGUUUAAAAUGAAUUGUCUUGUUCUGUCAUACAUCAGUGAAAGCUGCUCUAUGAAUUUUACUAAAGAUAUUUUUGCAGCUGA